GCGUGAAAAAACGGUGUGAAUUCUCCAUUAACAGGUGUCUGUAGUAACCACUCCAAGCCUAAGUCCAUUUAAAUUUUUGUUGUCGCUACGACACCAUAGUGAGUUGUACACGUGAAGAUCUUAAAACAAUACAUCAAGGUACACAAAAAUAAUUUCUAAAAUCAAUGUGAGUGUGUAUAUAUUUACAUGUGUUAAUAUAUAAUACAAUCAUGUAUUCACCAUUAUCGCCACAAACUAGUCUGAGCUCAGAAUUGAGAAAAAUUAUAAAUGAAAGGAAUAUGUUAAGCACACGAAGCCGUAUGAAAGUCUUACAUGCCUUGAAUGAGGAUAAUGAGAAAUAUGCAGAAAUAAGGGAGAAGGCUUUGAGGUCACAAGCCAUUCAAGAAAUAUUAACUACAGAAGUCACCUACUUACGACAAUUAGAAAUUUUAGCAGAAUUCUUUAUACAGCCUAUUCUGGAACAAAAUUUACUGAAUCAUCCUAUACUUGUUACUUUAUUGGAGAACAUAAAAACUUUAUAUAAUGUGAGCGGGGAAUUGGUAACAGGAUUAAAACAUAAUCCUGACGAUAUAGCUGAAAUAUUUCAUAAGCUUGCACCCUUUUUCAAAUUAUAUUCAGUUUAUGCUUAUGAUUAUACACAAGUGCUAAAUUUGUUACAGAUUAAUCAGGAGACCAAUCCUGCCUUUAAAAAGUUUAUAUGUGACCAAGAAAUAAGACCAGAAGUAGAUAGAAAAUUGCCAUCAUUGUUAAUUACACUAGUUCAAAGGGUACCACGAUAUCAAUUACUCGUUAAGGAAGUAUUGCGACAUACUCCUUACAAUCAUAAAGAAUAUAGGCCUCUGCAGGCAUGUUUGGUCGAAAUAGAGAAGUCUGCAAAGCACAUCAACAGCUUAGUCGCACAGAAUGAAGAGACACAAAAGUUAUUAAACCUCCAACAGUGCAUUACCACGUCGAUUAAUCUGGUUAAACCUGGCAGAAUAUUAAUCAAACAAGGAUCCUUGAUGCGUGUCUCGAGACGAGGCAAUACCGCUUAUAAGCGAUACUUUGUCCUCUUAAAUGACACUUUACUAUAUUGUAAAGGCGAACCAGAAACGUCAUUGAACGUGUCUUGUGUUUUACCCCUAAACAAAUGCAGCUUAACUUGUGUUCUAAGCAAAAAGUUGUUCCGUAUAACAUGCUUACAUGAAACAUUCCUGUUAUAUUCGGAACAGGGUGACAGCAAUGAAUGGAUCCAGUCUAUACAAAAUGCUAUCAAAAAGUAUAUUGAAUGUAGACAAACUUUGAGAAAGGAAAGCAGCUCGAGAAAGCCACUUAGGCAUAAUAAUAUCAAUGAAUUUCCGUCGGAUGAUAUACCAAAAAGAUCUAGAAAGAGGAAAAGAUCUAUAGAAGAUAAACAGGUUCCUCUAGAUUCUUCCAAUAUUAUAUACUUUAAGAAAGAUAAGACAGAUGAAGAUGAUAUUCAACAAGAAAAUAUGUGUCUACCUUUUUGUAGUAAAUCUAAGAAAUUUAAACGAAUUGAAGACUCUGAUACCGAUGAUGUUGAAACUCAGACAAAAAGUGCAAAAUUAAAAUUAUAUAAAAAUAAAUACAAACAAAGUAUAUCUGCAUAUAGACAUUUGGAAAAAACAAGCAAUAGCAGUGAUUCUAAUGAGGCUUUAGAAUCAAUAAACAAACAUAGAACGAGUAGGCAAUCAAUCACAUCGAGUGUUGGAGAACACCAAACAUCAUCACCACUUGGAAUGAUUUCUGGAUUUUUUACGCAUAUCAGAACAUCUAUAAAAGACUUUUUCACAUUGAAAUAAAACAUCACACAGCAUGAUAAAUAAAUAA